AAAGCUUCAAUUUUGACAUGGCAUGUAAAUUACAAGUUCCAAAAACACACAACCUUCGUCUUCUCACAUAACGGUCUUGAGAAUUCCAUGCCUCUAAGCAACCAAAGAUUAGCUCACACCCUAAACCUCAGUCGCUCACAUGUUCCUUUCUCUCCUCCUUUUUUGCUUAGUCUCCUUAAUUAGGUCAUAUUUCCUCUUCUUUCCAUGCAAAUCUUUCUGGGUAUUCCUCUGCAGGUGAUAAGUCCUUUUUUCUUCUUGCAUGAAAAUUUAAAGUUGAAAUCACACCUCCCACUAAGGGGAUUGAUGGAUUGAAUCGAUGCGUGUCCUCAACAACUUUUUGCAUAGAACUCGUUUUUAUUUACUAAGGUGAUUGAUGGAUUGAAAUCACAGCUCCCACUAAGGUGAUUGAUGGAUUGAAUCGAUGGGUGUCCUCAACAACUUUUUGCAUAUAAUCUAUUUUUAUUUAUUCAAUAUAGGUGCUGUUAAUGGAGUAUUGUAUCAAAAGAUGGCUCUUUUUGGUACCUCUUUCUGGGUCUCUGUCUCUUCCCUGUUUCUUGCUCUCUUUGGUUUCGUAAAUCGAAGCUUCUUCAGGUUUUUAGGAGAAGAAACCAAUCAAAAAAAGAACCCAGACUGUUUGGCUGCUGAUCCCCAAGAAAAAAAUCUGCUGGAGUCGGUUUAUAAUCAGUCAGAAGAUGAAUCCCGUGAAAAUACAGGUCCUGACAUGAUUGAGUUCUUCGAGGAAAACAUGGAGGACGAAAAAGAGUCAUCAAACUUGUUGUUCAAGUUUGAAUUUCAGACGCGGACUUAUCAAAAAUUUAGUACAAGUUACAGAGGAUAUGAUGGUAAUGUUGGCUCUAGUUCAGGUGCUCUGUUAAGUGCCAACAAGUACGAGUUCAUGUCAGGGGAGGAUCUUUGUUGUUUCAUGGAUAAGCCAGAGGAUUUAAGCUCGAGUAUCAGAGAUUUUUAUUCUGAUUCAGAAAAUGGUAUUGAGGAGAUUACAGAUGAAGGGUCUUUGUCUGAUAAGUAUUUCCCGCAUCACAACUCAGAAACAGAAGCUGUUCAUGAAGAAAAACCAGAUAAUUCUGUCUCUAGGUAUGACAGAAUUUCAUCAUCAAGUGAGGAAGAUUUUUUAGGGGAAGCUCAGUUUCUAUCAGAGAAGGACUUCAUUGCUAUUAAUUCUGAUUUGAACUCUAUAGCUUCAAGCCCUGAGUUUGUAAAUGAUCUCAUGGGUUCAGUGGAUGACGGAUUCUUAUCAGAAGAAGAUUUCGAAGAAGAACUUGAUAAUGUUUCCGUUGAGGACAUUGAUGGGGAGAAGAUAGAAUCUUCCGAGCAAGAUUUAGAAGAAGCAUAUUUGCAGAAUUUGAGUAAAACUGAGGAAGAUAUUGAAAUAAUGGAGCAGCUUAAGAAACUUGAAGAAUCAGAAAUUAGCAGCAAUUUCAAUCAAGAAGAAAAUGGUGAUAGAAGAAAUGGAAGUUUGGAUGAUACUAACAAGUCCGGCUCAGAGAAGCCAUCAGGUUGCGAGGAUGAAGAUCCUAACAGAAUAGAAACUCUAUGGGAACAUCAAGAUUUGAUAGAGCAGCUGAAGAUGGAGCUGAAAAAGGUGAGAGCCAUUGGUCUGCCAACUAUUCUUGAAGAAUCAGAAUCACCCAAGAUAAUGGAGGAUUUGAAGCCAUGGAAGAUUGAUGAGAUGUUCCGGCAUGAGGAUAGAAUGGGAGAGCUUCAUAAAUUUUACAAAAGCUACAGAGAAAGAAUGAGGAAAUUCGAUAUCUUGAACUAUCAGAAGAUGUAUGCAAUAGGUUUUCUGCAGUCAAAGGACCCACUUCACUCUAUCUCAGGCCAGAAAUCUUCUCAAUAUCCUGCAAUCACAUCACUUUUUCCCAAUAUAUUCAAGGGUAAAAAGUUGGAGUUUGAUCCAAUGAAGCAGUUCAUAAGAGAGCUGCAUGGUGACCUGGAAACGGUGUAUGUUGGGCAGCUGUGCCUCUCGUGGGAAAUCCUCCACUGGCAAUACGAAAAAACCUUGGAAAUAUGGGAAUCUGAUCCUUACGGAAUCCAUAGAUACAAUGAAGUUGCUGGCGAAUUUCAACAGUUUCAAGUGCUUAUACAAAGAUUCAUAGAGAACGAACCGUUUCAAGGCCCAAGAGUACAAAAUUAUGUCAAGACACGGUGCAUUCUGCGUAAUCUUCUUCAAGUUCCGGUAAUAAGAGAAGAUAGUACGAAAGGUAAAAGAAAGGCAAGACGAAGAGGGAGAGACGAUGAUGCUAUUACAAGUGAUAUGCUAGUGGAGAUCAUGGAAGAAUCGAUCAGAAUAUUUUGGCGGUUUGUUCAAGCCGAUAAAGACGCAAACGUCGCAACACGAAAAAGCAGGAGAGGAACACAGGUUGAACCCCAGCCAGGCCUUGCAGAUUUAGAGCUUUUGGCAAAUGUUAGAUCAGCUCUUCAAAAGAAGGAGAAGAAACUUAAAGACAUAUUGAGAAGUGGAAACUGCAUACUAAGAAAAUUUCAAAAGCAUCAGGAAGAAAACUCAGAUCAAGUCCUUUACUUCUUCUCUCAAGUAGACAUGAAACUAGUAGCAAGAGUUUUGAACAUGUCCUCCAUAAUUACAACAGACCAGCUACUGUGGUGUCACAAUAAGCUCAACAAGAUUUCUUUUGUUAACGGAAAGAUACAUGUAGAACCAUCAUUCUCUCUUUUCCCUUGUUGAUUAACUAUAAAAUAUACAUGUUUAUAUGGCUCUCUAACUACUCUAUAUUGACCGUAAUCUAUUAAAUUAUACA